GCGCGCUUCUUCUUCCCCGCCGCCGGUCCCCGACUCCACUUCCCCAGGGACCGCCCCCGUCCCCUAACUCCGACCCUGGAUCGGGACCCUGCGAGGAGGGGAGGAAACGGACUCCCGUUCUGAUUUUGUGACUUAAACAGAGCCCAGUGCGAGCACUUAAAAGUUCCAGGGAUGGCUGUAGAGGGAUCUUGUAAAACAACAGAUGACAGCGACUCUAACUUGGUAGUUCUCGGAGACGUUUCUCUUUACAAUUACUCGCGCUCGUGGCAGGAGAGGCCUGUACUUAGCUGGGUCUGAGGAUCUGAGAGUGAGGAGUUCUACGAAGUGUGCGUAGUUAGUACUAGUCUUGGAGGGGUGAAAAUUUAGAGUCCGGGAAUAAUUCCGGUGGCGCCCAGUAAAUGGAGUCUUUACGGAGAGCGGUACAACUGUGUAUGGCUCCCGAUUACAAUUGUAUUACAUCUCAGAUUCGAUCUGCUUUUGAAGUGGGGUGGAACACAGGUGUUCACGCUCUGAAGGGCAUGCGUAAACUGCACGAAAAUGUAAGCAGGAUGAUGAACCAGAAACCCAUGGAACAAUUAGAAGAACCAAAGAUAUUUAUCCCCAAGAAGAGAAGUUUGUGGAGACUGGGCGUCAUUUGGUUUCAAAUGUUUGAUGAACAGUUGUGUGGAAGGAGAAGAUUCCAUCACUGAAGCCUCAUAGGGCACUAGGCCUCUGAGAUGAAGGUCCACAGGGAUAGAUUUUCAGUUUAGCAUCUGAAGAUCUCAGAGGGCUAAGCUGUGCAGCCAUGGAACAGACUCGCUACUGAAGUAGUUGAGAGCAUCUAGCAAGCAUUGGCAUCAGUUAAAGUCAGAAUUCCAAGAAACUUGAACAGGCUGCCAGAUUCCUAAUAACUGCUACUCAGGUCUUAUAGGAACUAACUCCAAAGAAGGGAAGAAGGAAUCCAGCAGGUGGGUGCUAUUUCAUGGCCCCUUUUCCUCUAAAGAUAACACCUAAAUUUAAUGUAGCAGCUACACACCUAAGAAGUGCUUCCUCGUUUUCAUUCAAAAACUUGCUGAGUCUGCAACUGGGAGGCCAGAGGCCAGAGCUUCAAGCCCCACCCAUGGAAACUCAGGCCAGUCCUGUAUCUCAGGAACCUCAGGCCCUACUUAAGAGUGCUCUUCCUUCCUCAGAAGUUCCUGCAUUUUCCAACAAGGACAGCCUGGGGGAUGAGAUGCUGGCAGCUGCACUCCUAAAGGCCAAGUCCCAGGAGUUGGUGACCUUUGAGGACGUGGCUGUGUACUUCAUCCGGAAGGAGUGGAAGCGUUUGGAGCCUGCUCAGCGAGACCUCUACAGGGAUGUGAUGCUGGAGAACUAUGGGAAUGUGUUCUCGCUGGACGGUGAGACCAGAACUGAGCAUGAUCCAGAAAUUUCUGAAGAUACAGGAUCACACAGGGUGCUAUUGGGAAGAUUCCAAAAGGAUAUUUCUCAGGGUCUUAAGUACGAAGAAUCCUAUGAACAAGAAGUCAGUCUAAAGAAGCAGUUGGGAAACUCCUCCGGGGAAAGACUGAGUAGGAAGGUACAAGAUUUUGGUCAAGUGACAGUUGAGGAGAAGCUUGCCCCCUUGGGAGAAAGAAGUGAGAAAUACAGCUUCACUGUGAGUUCCAACCUUCUUUCACAUCAGAGAUUUCCAGUGGGAGACAGACCCCAUAAGUGUGAUGAAUGUAGCAAGAGCUUUAAUCGAACUUCAGACCUUAUCCAGCAUCAGAGAAUCCACACUGGGGAGAAGCCCUAUGAAUGUAGUGAGUGCGGGAAGGCCUUCAGCCAGAGCUCACACCUUAUUCAGCAUCAGCGGAUCCACACUGGAGAGAAGCCCUACGAAUGUAGUGACUGCAGGAAGACCUUCAGUUGUAGCUCCGCCCUCAUUCUGCACCGGAGGAUCCACACGGGGGAGAAGCCCUAUGAAUGUAGUGAGUGUGGGAAGACCUUCAGCUGGAGCUCCACCCUUACUCAUCAUCAGAGAAUCCACACUGGGGAGAAGCCGUAUGCUUGUAAUGAGUGUGGCAAGGCCUUCAGCAGGAGCUCCACCCUUAUUCACCACCAGAGAAUUCACACUGGGGAGAAGCCCUAUGAAUGUAAUGAGUGUGGGAAGGCCUUCAGCCAGAGCUCACACCUCUAUCAGCACCAGAGAAUCCACACUGGAGAGAAGCCCUAUGAAUGUAUGGAAUGUGGUGGAAAGUUUACCUAUAGUUCAGGCCUUAUUCAGCAUCAAAGAAUCCACACCGGGGAGAAUCCCUAUGAAUGUAGUGAGUGUGGGAAAGCCUUUAGGUACAGCUCAGCUCUCGUGCGCCAUCAGAGAAUUCACACUGGAGAGAAGCCUUUGAAUGUAAUGGGAGUGAGCAAAAGUUCUCUCAGAGUUACUGCUGGAGUAAAUGUCAGAGAGUCUACGUGAGAGCCACACACCUGUUUUCCUCACUUUCUCCGAGUCUAACGAGCUCCUGCCUUACUGUAUAAGUAUGAACAACUUAGGAUGGGUCCCUUAAACUCAAACCGUUCACUCUAGAGAAUAGGGCCAGUGGGCAAGUCAUCCUGGCACAGUGGUUAGCGACCUAGUCCCCCCAGGAAUACCAGCCAUGAAUGGUUAGGAGAUGAGUAGUCGAUUAUGUGCUGGGAGGAGAGGGAGGCUCUGGGACCUUCACCUUCCAUUUUGGAAGGGAGUUUGCACUAGACCAUUUUUUCACACCAGAGGAGCCUUUCUUGCCAUGGUGGGGAUGAAGCACAGUAGGGUAAAAUUCCAAGGGUUCUUCUAGUUGGGAGUCAGAAUAGUCAGCACAAUAUGUUCUGGGUCCUGUUAAUUUGCUAGGAAGGAGAAAUGGAGGCUGUAUUUCAAAGCCACUGUUCCUAGCCAGCUUCAAGUUUAGAUAAAGAAUGCUCUUUUGUUUCAUGACUUAAUUACAGAAAUGCAGGGCUGAGGGAUUUAUUUUACUGGGAGGGGCCCCCGAGGUUCUCUGUGAUCCUGUCAUUUGGGGCUUGGAACAGUGAGAGCCAUUGGAGAUCCCCUCGCCCUUCCCUGUUGUGAGGGGAAAUUGGGAACGCCAUCCAAUCAGCGGGUCUGACAGGAGGGAGAGGGCCAAGGCCAUUUAGUUUUGGCCUGUUUCCUUUGUCCCAUCUUCUUGCCAAUCCUGUAAUGGAGAGUGAUUUAAUCCAAAACCCUAGUUGCUUAAGAUGCUUUUAAGGAGCUCAGCCAGCCAGCUGCCCUGCUCUGUCCCCUUGACCUAUGACAUCUGGCCCCAGCAGCUGGACCUCUCCUGAUCCCACCUCUGACUUGAGCAGCUGAGUGUGGAUGCAGACAGCCCAGCCCUGAGGCAGGCUCUGGCCUGAGCCUGGCCACAGGGCUCCCUGGCAGGUCAGGAGGGGUUCCCCAGGCUUCCCAGCUGAAGGGGCCUCAUCUUUUCCCAGGCCCGCUCAUCCUGUAGCGCAAAGUACACUAUUAAACAGAAUAGUUUUUCAGAA